AUGGGUCAGAUUACCACCGCAGGAGUCACCCUCGUGUCGCAAGGCACGGGGUAUGGACUCCUCAUCGGCCUCGGGAUCCUCUUCUGCGGCGUGAUUCUCAUCGCGGUGAAGAUCCAAAAGGCGUAUCUGGACGAAGACUCGGGCAAGUCGGAGAUGUUCAUGGUGGCGAAUCGAACGGUCGGCACGGGGUUGACUGCGUCGGCGGUGUUUUCGUCGUGGAUGUGGAUCAACGAGACGGUGUUUUCGGCCGUCAAUUGUUAUCGCUUCGGGCUGGCGGCGCCGAUGUGGUAUGGCUCUGGUCUCUGCUUCCAGAUCGCCCUGAUGGCCAUCCUGGGCGUGCUGGCCAAGCUGCGAGUGCCGUAUGCGCAUACGUCGCUGGAGAUCAUUCGCCAGCGAUAUGGCAAGAUCGCGCAUGUCGUCUUCCUCGUGCUGAAUCUGUUCUGCAAUAUCUUUGGCUGCGCGUCGAUGAUCUUGACGGGCUCGCAGUUGAUUCAUGGCAUCGCGGGGAUUCAUUUCGUCGCGGCGACCAUUCUCAUUCCGCUGGGAGUGGUGAUGUAUACGGCUGUCGGCGGGCUCAAGGCCACCUUCUUGACGGAUUACCUGCACACGGCCAUCGCCCUGAUUCUCAUUAUUUACUUCACCCUCGCCAUUCUCACGCACGACGCAAUUGGCGGGCUCUAUGGGCUUUACGACAAGGUGUCGGCUCUAUCUGAUGACAACUUCAUCCCGGGCAAUUUCCAGGGCUCUCUUCUCACUAUGAAGUCGCACGACGCUAUCAUGUGGGGAUUGAUUCUGAAGUUUGGCAACCUGGCUCUAGUCGUGAUGGACACCGCAUUCUGGCAAAAGUCCUUCGCAACCGAAGUCAAAGCCACCGUGCCUGGCUACAACCUCGCCGCCGUCGCCAUCUUCGGCGUGCCCUGGGGCCUGGGCACCGUGAUCGGACUCGCCGCACGAGUGCUGCACGACACGCCUCUCUUUCCCACGUAUCCCGGCGAAUUCACCGAGUCCGAGGUCCUAACCGGGUUCGUGAUGCCGUACGCCAUCCAGGCCUGCAUCGGCGAGAAAGGCGUGAUCGCAUUCGUGGUGAUGCUGUUCAUGGCGCUCACCAGCACGGUGUCGUCGUCCAUGAUCGCCGUCAGCAGCAUCCUAUCCUUCGACCUGUACAAAACCUACAUCAACCCGCAAGCCUCCGACAAGCGACUCAUCCGCGUCAGCCAUCUCUCCGUCGUCUUCCACGCCAUCUUCAUCACCGCCUUCUCCAUCGUCCUCAACUACGGCGGCGCCAACAUGACCUGGAUCGGCUAUUUCCGGCCCAUCCUCACCUCUUCCGGCAUCGUCCCGCUGAUCUUCACCCUCUGCUGGUCCGGCCAGACCCGUCUCGCCGCCAUCUGGGCCCCUAUCCUGGGCUUUGGGACAGGAAUGGCCAUCUGGUUGGGGACGGCUAAGUCGCUGUACGGCGCCGUCAACCUCACCACGACAAUGGAAGAAGCGCCGUGUCUGUACGGGUCCAUCGCCGCGUGCUUCUCGCCAGCCCUCUACUCCGUCCUCAUAUCAUUCUACAAGCCAUAUAAAUUCGACUGGCGGCAAUUCCUCCGCAUCGAACUCGUCGAAACACCCGAGUCGGAAUCCGAGCCCGAGUCCUCGGCCCCGACAGACAGCACCGAAAAACACCCCGUCGUCUCCUCCUCCCCACAGAACCCACCAGAACCCUCGCUAGAAAACCUCCACCACCCCUUCGACGCCUCCACGCUGGCCCAGCUCCGCAAGUGGUACCGCAUCGCGUGGGUCAGCUGGGUGGUGCUCGUGCUGCUGACGUUCGUGGUGUGGCCGAUGCCGCUGUACCGGGGGUACGUGUUCACGAAGCCGUUCUUUGCAGGCUGGACGACGGUGGCGAUCGCGUGGCAGUUUCUGGCGUUUGUGGCGGUCGUCAUCUAUCCGGUUUAUGAUGGGAGGAGGGAGAUUUGGACUGCGGUGAAUGGGGUGAGGAGGGAGGUUGGGGGGUGGUUGGGGAGGGCUUCUUCUUCUUCUGGUCCUUAG